GUCAGAGGGGUUAUAAGGCGGGUGCGGCGACACUGGUAGCGCCUUUGUGGGGAGCGGGCGGCGGCGGCGGCGGCGCUCCCGCGCUGGGCCGGGCCGCGCUCGGCGGCGUCCCCAUGCACGGGCCGCCUUUCGCCUGAGGCGGUCCCCCCCUGCUACUAUAAUCUUUUUCCCCCCUUUUUUACAGUCUAUUUUUGUACGCUUUGCUAUAAAAAAAUCAUGGUGCUGGGGAAGGUGAAGAGCUUGACAAUAAGCUUUGACUGUCUGAAUGACAGCAAUGUCCCCGUGUACUCCAGCGGCGACACAGUCUCAGGAAGGGUCAGUUUAGAAGUGACCGGAGAAAUCCGAGUGAAAUCCCUCAAAAUCCACGCGAGGGGACACGCGAAGGUGCGCUGGACCGAGUCGCGGAACGCUGGAUCCAACACUGCCUACACGCAGAACUACACGGAGGAAGUGGAGUAUUUCAACCAUAAGGACGUCCUGAUCGGCCACGAGAGAGAUGAUGACAAUUCAGAAGAAGGCCUUCAUGCCAUCCAUUCGGGAAGGCACGAAUAUGCAUUCAGCUUCGAGCUUCCACAGACACCACUUGCUACCUCAUUCGAAGGCAGACAUGGCAGUGUGCGCUAUUGGGUGAAAGCUGAAUUGCAUAGGCCUUGGUUUCUACCAGUAAAAUUAAAGAAGGAAUUUACAGUCUUUGAACAUAUAGAUAUCAACACUCCUUCAUUACUGUCACCCCAAGCAGGCACAAAAGAAAAGACUCUCUGUUGUUGGUUUUGUACCUCAGGCCCAAUAUCCUUAAGUGCCAAAAUUGAAAGGAAGGGCUACACCCCAGGUGAAUCAAUUCAGAUCUUCGCUGAGAUUGAGAACUGCUCUUCCCGUGUGGUGGUGCCAAAGGCAGCCAUUUACCAAACACAGGCAUUUUAUGCCAAAGGGAAAAUGAAGGAAGUCAAACAGCUUGUUGCCAACCUUCGUGGGGAAUCCUUGUCAUCUGGCAAAACAGAAACCUGGAAUGGCAAACAAUUGAAAAUUCCACCUGUUUCCCCUUCAAUCCUUGACUGUAGUAUAAUCCGUGUAGAGUACUCGCUGAUGGUAUAUGUUGAUAUUCCGGGUGCCAUGGAUUUAUUUCUUAACUUACCACUGGUCAUUGGCACCAUUCCUCUACAUCCAUUUGGUAGCAGAACAUCAAGCGUGAGCAGCCAGUAUAGCAUGAACAUGAAUUGGCUUGGUCUGACACUGCCUGAAAGACCAGAAGCACCUCCUAGCUAUGCAGAAGUGGUCACAGAGGAACAGAGGCAGUCCAGCCUCGCACCUAUAGGUGCUUGUGAUGACUUUGAGAGAGCGCUUCCAGGACCAUUGUUUGCAUACAUCCAGGAGUUCCGUUUUCUGCCUCCACCCCUCUAUUCAGAAAUUGAUCCAAACCCAGAUCAGCCCACAGAUGACAGACCAUCCUGCCCCUCUCGUUGAAAGAAUCCGUGAAGAGCUGACUUGACUUGGGUUUUGAAUCAUACCUGCCAUGUUGAAGGUCAAGGCAUCAUACUGGAGACACCCUUUCAGAGGAAGUGGGUUUGCUGUUGCGUGUAUGGUGAAUAAAUGAAAACAACCUGUGAUAAUGCUUUGAAGCCUACAGUAACAUUGUAGGACUGCUCCACAUGUUUUUGAAGACCUGAGCUUUUUUUCUUCCCCUUUCCCCUCUCCCUACCCCUCCCCCCACCCCCCCCCCACCUUCCUUCUCCUUAAAUACUGGCACAUACUAGGAGCAGCCUUACUAACCAACCUACAGUCAUGUGUGUCAAAACACUUAAACCAUGCUGUAAGAGAGGAGUGGCUUCCUCUUAUGAUUUGGAGAUUUGCACAUGCUCAUUGCUUACAUUGUGCGGUUCAGUGUCACUACAGCUUUUUCUCAUUUAUGCCGGACUGUUGUUAUCCCCCUCUUCUUUGUGGUCCGCACAAUAAGGAGCAAAAGAAAGCUUUGACAAAAAAAGAAAAAAAAAAAAAAAAAAAAAAAAAAAGGGGGAAAAAAAAAAAACAAAAACAAAAACAAAAACAAACAAACAAAAAAAAAACAAAAACAACAGCAACAGACUUUGACAAAUGCACUGACUUUUUUUUUAAUUUAAUGUAGCCUGGACUUUACCUGCAUAUGCACAUGCUCAGAGUUGUCCUAGUAGGCUGAUCAUGUAUCACCUCUUCAGCUUGGAUCCUAUUGUGGAUUUAUUUACAAACAUCAAAUGCCUUCAAGCCAAUCCUUCUUGCUGUAUGUUUUGCAGCCUACUGUAGUAGAUAAGCAACAGAUGUGGGGCUGGGGUGGGUGGGUGGGGAGUUCAUAGAAACUAAUAGACUUCAUCAAGAUUGUAUACCUUCUUGAUUACUUUUAAGAAUUUGUUGCCUUUCUACUAUUAUUGCAAAGCAGCAUUUUGUUAUAGACUGCCUAAAAAUCACUUAAUCUCAGGUGAACUCAUCACUUGCCAAACUGUUGGAAUGCUAUUUGUUUUGUUACGUUGCACUGUUGAGUUACUACUUUUUUUUUUUUUUAACCUUUUUUUUUUUUUUUGUGUUCUGUUUUUGUUCUUUAUUCAAGAGAGGGAUCUGGAAUAGGGACAUACACAAAAGUUAGAAAACCCACCCUCAUUCCCAUUUCUCUUUCUAAACCAUGAAAAAAGAUGUUGUAGUUGUGAAGCUUUAAAAAAUAAAGGCACAGAUGAAAGCAAUGCCAGCAGGUACCAGCUCAGCCCCAAGAAUUCUAAAAGGAAAUAGUCAUACACUGUCUAGGGUUCAUAGACAGCUCGAUAUCUCAAGUAGUAGGGAUGGGAAGGGAAAGUAAAUUUAUUUUUAUAUAUAGUUACCUAAUCACCAAAAAUUCUAUAUGUAGUGAGUCUCUAGUAGAAAGUAUAUUUCAAACUGCAGGAAAAGCUUGGACUAGGCAAAGAGCUCAGUUUGUGCACUUUGUAUUAUCUUCAGGGUUUAUGAUACUGUAAGAAUAGUAAGAGUAGAAGAACAAUUAAACUGGGCAAGAUCAGUGGUACCAGCCAUACUCAGAAAUGAGUUAGCUAGAAUUGCUUCCGUUUCUUCUUCUGUGGUACUCUCAAGAGUUUUAAAACAAACUGAACAAAGAAUUUUGCUGUAUAUUCAUCCACAAUGCAAGAAAUCAUAUGGAAAGAGCACUCGCCCUUGACUGUGCUGCAAGGAAGAAGAGAGUGCCAUGGAGUCAUUAGAUGUGCUAACGCAAGUACCAGCACUUAAAUGCUAGAGAUUUACAACAGAAGUCAACUUUCCUUUUCAGAAAUUGUGUAACACAGACCACUGACAAAGGGAUGGGCUUCUGGUCUUGACUGCUUAAACAAAUCAAGAUGUCAUCCAUCAAGUAUCUAUCUCCUUGUGCAAUAAAAGAGCAAUAAAAGGGAGAGGGGAGGCUGGUGUUGCUGUGUGGUGCUCAUUCUUGAAAACCUCUGCCUUGUUUUUUAAGGUUUCAUAAAUGCAACAAAAUAGGCUUUUCCGUAAGUGGCCUUCAUGAGAACAUGAACUACAAUUCAUGUUUCAAAAAUGACAACAGGGUGAUAAAAUACAAAUGAGUCACGUUUUAAGUGAUUCAGUUAAAAGGCUUGUGGCUUUGAGCAAGAGUAUUGGGCAAGAAGGAGAUCUGGUGAUAUAUUGCGUGUUACUAGGCCAAUUUUGUGAAUGUCCCGUUCCUUUACCCUCUCCAGCCAGACAGUUUAAAAGCUGAUGGGAUCAUUGGCAUCAAAGGGCAUUUGGUGGUUUUACUUUCUUUUCCUUUUUUUGUUACUUUAACAGACUAGGGAACAAUUGCUGAUAUACAUAGCAUUAAAGUACUUGCCACAGUAUAAUGGAAAAUUGCAUAUGAAGCAGGAUUGACCAAUAUCAUAGUAAUUGACAUGGCAUUGCAGCCUUUGUGAUUAAAGUGAAAAAUUCUGUAAGCUUAUCAGAUCAAGACUUUUCAGUUCAAAUUACAUUGUAGUUAUUCAGAGGCAUUACUCUUGCACAAGUAUUGGUCAAAUCUCAGUGUUACAAAACAUGAGGUUCACAGUUGUAGCCCAGUAUCUGAUAGAGAAUUCUGAUCUGAAUUAGGAAAAAGUAAGUAAAAUCCAAACAUCAGAGAAACAAAGUGCAAUAUUAAAUGUUUGCUUUAUAGAUUAUA